UAAUUAAUGUAUAAUGGGAGAAUUAUACAUUAGAAGACUGAAAGUUCCAAAUUGGAACAAAAAUAUUUUGGGAGAACUUGGCCAUUCCUCUGUCACAGUGCAUCAUACUAUAUUCAUAUGUUUCUAUGGUAUAACGCUAUAACCAGUAUAACAACUGUCGUAUGCGCUAUGGCGUUCUGACGGCAGAUGGCGCGACGGCCCGUCACCACUCACCGUUGAUCGGAAUACUCUGAUUAUGAAAAUUCAAAAUACGAUUGCCGAUUGUCGCCAACGGGCAACGGUCUACGACUCUGAAACUUCAAAGUUAAAACUAAACGACAUCGAUUUCGCGCACGAUUUAAGCCUUAAGGUAUCGUGAUUUUGCGUUACUCUGACCACUUGUAUUAAAAUUGUCAUUCGCCGACUCGCCGUGAAACGACACUUUGGUCUAAAAUGCCACGUACCAAGAGAAGAACCGUCAAGCGUUCGUCUGCUGACAUGAACAUGACGUCUGUGAAUGCAACGAUGGCCAACCAAUCCAAAAAUAUGAAAGAAAUUUUAAACGAAUUUGAUUGUGAAAAACAAAAUAUUGAAGAUUAUUUUUCUGAAAUAUUUGAUAACCAAAGAAAUUUAAUCGAAAAUUCAUUUUUAAUGACAAAAAUGAAUUUGGGCGACUCAUUACAUUGUAAUCUUUAUGACAUUAUUUGUAAACAGUAUCCAACUAAAUCCAACAGUGGAACUAAAAAAAACCUGGAACGACCUUCAAGGCCAGUUACUAAAGCUACAGUAAAUAAGACAACCAGACAAAAGAGUACGUCUAGUUCAACAUCCAAGACCAAUGGUUCUGCCACUGUAACAAAACAUCGUAGUGCAACACGCCAUGUUGAUGAUAAGCCACCAUUAACAGAAACAAUGGAAUCUAGAUUUAAAACUCCAAUUAAUCGACUACCUGUACUUUCUUCAGCAACAGUUACACCAAAAGUAAAUAUGCAUGAACCAAUAUCGAUGAUGCGGCGUCCAAAUCAAGGAGAGGUUGCACUUUCAAUGACUGGAAGUCCGCUUAUGGUUUCAUCUGUUUCUAGGGAUGAUAUGGCCACAGUCAGUGUACCAUUAGCCAAUGGAAAUAUUCUUUCAAUAUUACCUAGAGCUGGUGCUACUAUGGACAUAUCAUUUGAUGAACAGACUAAAAGUGAAUUACUUCUUCUCAAGGGUAACAUUGAAGGGCUGUUGAAAAUGAAUAGAGGUUUGUGAGUACACAAUAAGAAUAUAUUUUUUACUGAUCUGGAAAAAUCACAGAAGAUGUUAACUAUACAAUGUAAUGACUACAAUAAUUUAAUAUUUUAAUAUUAAUUAGUAUAUUUUUCAAUAUUAAUAUAUGUUUUAGUUAUUAAUAAAUGAAUUUGCUCUACCCAAACCAAAAAAAAAAAUAACAUUUACUAACAAUAUUCCAGACUGAAAAAAAAAAUGUAUUAUAAAUGGAUUAAUUAUUUAAAUGCUAUUUAACAUGAAAAACAAAUUCCCCUCGAUACAUUUGAGGCACCACAAUUGUAUAUUAUAAUGAUAUUACUAACACACUAAUAAUUUCUGUACUGUUUAUUUUUAAUGUUAAAUCUUAUUCUUGUGUUUAAUUUUUUUUUUUUUUUACCGAAUGUAUAUUUAAUUAUAUACACCAGCAAAUUUAUAUAAAAACAGUGUUUUCUAGUUUGAGUUAGCUCACUAUUGUAAUUUUAGGUAAGAAUUGUAUUAAUUGAAAAAUGUAGUUUAAAAAGGACUUAAUAAAUUUCUUAUGUAAAAUGAAACUAUAUUAUAAUAAAAUAUAUAGAAACAUG